CCCUGAAAAUAUGCAUCGAAGAUAGUCCCCGCAGCCAUCCCUUUUCAACUAUCAUCGCCCACCAACUGGUCGGCCCAGCGAGGUCAUCUCUCGGACAAAAAUCAACAUUUCUUCGGGCCCAUAGAGAUAGAGACAAGAGUACCUUGCCUACCUGCUUCAGCCACGGAGCGUCUCGCACUUCCCUCUCGAAACCAUGUCGGCGCGCGUGAGUGACGUCUUGGGCAUGGUGCUGCUCGGCUUCAACGUCCUCUGCAUCCAAGCCCACAUGACCGACAGGUUCACGCCGGGCUUCUCCAGAAACCUCGCGGAGAAGCUGCCGCAGCACAACAGGGUCCUCUUCCGGUGGGCGGGCGUCUCGGACUCGACGCUGAGGGCUUUCUUCAUCAGCCUCAAUCUACUGUUCGCCGUCUUCCUCGUGAUACCGAGCUACCGGACGCUCGGGCUGAAGAUUGCUGUUGGCGGGUGCUGCAUUGGGUUUUACUCGGACUUAAAGUUGGGGGAGAGCCCGAUCCCCCACCUCAUUCUGUUCGGGUUGAUCGGCAGUGCGCUGUAUCUGGCAUAGACAAUGUCCUUGGUGAGGUCUAUGACCGGGGCACUGGGAUAAUUAUGUGCUGUGUGAUGCUCGGGCCUAGGUGAGCGGGCCUGGUAAAUCACAGCCACGCUCAUGUAAUUACCUUG